AUGAUUACCAAAUACUUCACCAAAGCUGUCGUCAAAUUCAACCCAUUUGGUAAAGAAGCUAAAACUGCUAGAUUAUUUCUGAGUGCCAUUCCACCAGCCCAGAGAACCAGCGGGCUACAACUACAGAAUGAGGUUUUGAUGGCUGGGAGCACAGUGAAACCAACGGUGAAGGUUGUUUUCAAAGAUAAAACAGAACUACAGGCAGACCCAACCAACAUGAAUUUCACGGAACUAUCGAACUAUUUCGAUCGUCACUCUAGAAAGCUUGCUUUAAAGGAGAGUAUUGAGUCUCAGUAA